AUGCUGCUUGAGGAGGCAUGUAAAAAGUAUGAGGAGGCUACUCGUCUUUGUCCAACACUUAACGAUGCUUACUACAAUUGGGCUAUAGCAAUCUCUGAUCGGGCGAAAAUGCGUGGUCGUACAAAGGAAGCGGAGGAACUCUGGGAACAGGCAACAAAGAAUUAUGAGAAGGCUGUCCAACUCAAUUGGAACAGUCCCCAGGCACUUAACAAUUGGGGACUUGCGUUGCAGGAACUCAGUGCAAUUGUUCCUGCUCGUGAGAAACAGACAAUAGUGAGAACUGCUAUUGGCAAGUUUCGUUUGGCAAUACAAUUGCAGUUUGAUUUCCAUAGGGCUAUUUACAAUCUUGGAACUGUACUGUAUGGGUUAGCAGAAGACAUAUCAAGAACUGGAGGACACAUGAAUGCAAAGGAGGUCUCUCCUGAUGAAUUAUACAGCCAAUCUGCUAUAUAUAUUGCAGCUGCACAUGCAUUGAAGCCCAAUUACUCGGUUUACACCAGUGCUUUAAAGCUUGUGCGUUCUAUGCUGCCACUACCAUAUUUAAAGGUUGGCUAUCUGACAGCACCACCUGUGGGAAAUCCUGUUGCUCCUCACAGUGACUGGAAACGUUCUCAAUUUGUACUAAAUCAUGAAGGGCUGAAACAGAUUAACAAAUUUGAGCAAAGACUUUCAUCACCAAGUCUUUCUUCAAAAUCAGGAGAUACGCCCUACAGUAAACCUGUCAUAAGAAUCGAUGUCCCAGACAUUGUUUCGGUAUCAGCAUGUGCUGAUCUUACAUUGCCACCUGGUGCAGGCCUCUGCAUUGAUACUGUUCAUGGGCCUAUAUUCUUGGUUGCUGAGUCUUGGGAAUCUCUUGAUGGUUGGCUUGAUGCAAUCCGACUAAUUUACACCAUCUAUGCACGGGGUAAGAGUGAUGUUAUGGCUGGUAUAAUAACAGCCUAA